AUGAAGUACCUCGGGUGCAUACUCUGUGCAGCUUUCCUUCAGAUGGCAACAGCUCAAGUAUUACAGUACCCGUCAAGAAACACAGUUCCUGCCCAAGUUAUCACCAAUCAACCAAUGCCGAACCAACACAAUCACAUACACAAUAUCAAUUCCAAUACUAUACGAACUCCCAACAAUGUUUUACCUAGACCUGGCAACUUUAUGUCACAUAUGCCCAAUAAUGUGGCCAAUGUUCAACCAACCAAUGUUAUAACUGAACCAAUAAUAAUUCCAAAUCAUGGUAACAAUGUGGAAAUAACAAAUAUUGGUGUCGCCAAUCCAAAUAUGGUAGAAUUAGCAAAUAUGGCAAGCAUUAAUGGCAAUACGGCUACGUUUAAUCUUGGUAACGGAGGUUUUACUAUCACAUCUGGUUCUCCAGGCAACGCAGGGCUUGGAAUCCAAGUAUUGGCCGAUGCGUUGGAAGUUGGUGGAACGGUGGCCGUCAGUGGCCAAAUACCGAUAUAUGGAUCUGUGAUGUUGAACGGACAUUUGCCAACAGAUGGAUCUGCAUCCGUCAAUUACGCUUGCGGAGGACAGCAGCAACAACCGACGGAAUGUAUAAAUAAUUAAUUAAUUUUAUGUAAAUAACUAAUUUAUUUGUAUUAAUUAAGUUGUAAUAAAUUAUUAUAA